AUGGAUGGAAUAGACCACGACGGCCAUGAGCCAACUGAACCAGAGCGAAAGCGGCCAGCCAAACUGUUCCAUAAAAAGUCAAGGAACGGGUGCCAACAAUGCAGAGCCCGCCGCGUCAAGUGUAAUGAAGCAAAGCCCAUCUGCGGUGGUUGCCAACGACUUGAAUUGACCUGCGUUUAUGACCGCCAACGACUAGGCAACAAUGCGGCGACGAGUUCAUCGGCCAGAACAGAAACCAUGGGCGAUCCUCCCGAAUCCCGAGACCGGCGCAAACUUGAACUACAACUCUUCUAUCACUAUACAACUGAAACGGGCCCAUCACUUGCCGUCGACAAAGCAUCGUACGACUUAUGGGUAGCUCCUCUUCCCCGCUUAGCACUGCAGUCCGAUGCUUUGCUGUACUCAAUGUUCUCCCUGGCGGCUCUUCACUCGGCAAGUCAAGACGAGGCGAAGAAAGAUCACCACAUGAGCAUCUGCCACACGUACCUUGACAUGACUGUGCGGGAACACGCAAAAGAGGUGUCGCAGCUCAGCAAGGAAAAUGUGGACGCACUGUGCCUCACAUCGAGCAUGCUCCGUAUAUACUACUUCCUCACACUUCAAGAACGCUCUUUGCAACCAUAUCGACCACCAACAGAGUGGAUGAGAGCUACUGGAAGCAGUUCCGCGAUAUUUCGCCAGGCCUGGCCCAUGGUUAAAGACAAUCCCGAUUCAAUUGCCUUCCAGAUGAUCACGUACACCCCUGUCAUUAGAGACGUGGAAGCUAGGACGGGAGAAGAAAAUCGCCGAGGCUUGCUGCAUUUGCUGCGGCGCCAGGAAAGCCACGAGUUAGCUGAGAGUUGGGACGCGGAAGUGCAGGAAGCGUACGAGUCGACUCUGAGCUAUAUUGGUGGCAUCUGGAUCGCAAUGAACGACCACGAGCCACCGGCGGGAGUUGCCAGAAGACUCGUCAUUUUCCCGAUGCUAGUCAACAAGCGUUUUAUCGACCUGGUUGAAGAGCAGAGGCCGCGAGCGUUGGCGAUUUUAGCACAUUACUUUGCACUUCUCGCGAUGCUGCGCUGUUUUUGGUGGGUGGGAGAUGUCGGGCAACGUGAGGUUCACGCAAUCGCGGAGGUUAUGCCUGUGGAAUGGCAGGGCGCGAUGAGUUGGCCUCUAGAGAUUUUGGAACAGCAAAUUGUGUUUACUGGAGAGGAAGUGACAAGAACGAAAUAA